AUGGAGAAGAAAGAGAUGGCUGUGAGUGUGAAGAGUGAAGAAGAUGUUGUUGGAUGUGUUGGUGGUGGUGGUGGUGGUUCUUCAUCUUUGCUAAACGGCUUUCAGUUUUCAAGCGUGUUUGAUUUCUAUGAGGUAGAAAAAAGCUCUCCUCUAGGGUUUAUGGAGUUACUGGGUGUGGAAAACUAUAGUUCCUUGCUUGAUGUACCGCAACUAUCAACCAUGUCUUCCAUGAGUCAUCAUCAAACUACAGUUAAGUCUUCAUGUGAUACUAAUGGAAAAGAGUGUUCUGAGGUUUUGAAUCAACUUCCUCAAACUCCUAACUCUUGCUCGAUUUCAUCGGCAUCUAGUGAAGCAGUUAAUGAUGAACAACAUAAUAAGACUCUUGUUGACCAAGUCCAAGAAGAUGACGAUGAAGAAGAAAAACAAAAAACCAGCAAACAGUUGAAGACUAAGAAGACAAAUCAAAAGAGACAGAGAGAACCAAGAUUCGCGUUCAUGACGAAAAGCGAGGUGGAUCAUCUGGAAGAUGGGUACAGAUGGAGAAAGUACGGUCAAAAAGCUGUGAAAAACAGCCCCUUUCCAAGGAGCUAUUAUCGCUGCACCACUGCUUCAUGUAAUGUGAAGAAGCGUGUGGAGCGUUCUUAUACUGAUCCAACCAUUGUCGUCACAACUUAUGAAGGCCAACACAUUCAUCCAAGUCCGGCUACGUCCCGUUCCGCCUUUGCCGGAGUUCAGAUACCACCGCCGAACGCUGUAUCCGGUGGGUUUCCUACAAACUUUGGUUCAGUUUUGCAAGGGAACUACUUAUCUCAGUACCAUCAGCAACAGCAACAGCAACAUCAACAUCAACAGCUACUGGUUAAUACAUUGUCCUCUUUGAGUCACCCUUAUAACAAUCCUUUUACUCAAGAGAGGAAGCUUUGUAAUCCAGGGACAAGUUCCUUUCUUAGGGACCAUGGUCUUCUUCAAGAUGUUGUUCCUUCACAUAUGUUGAAAGAAGAGUAA